AUUUUCUUUUCUAUUCAUCUCCAUCAUACCGAUACCAAAUAUACACACACACUAUCGACGAGGCCAAAGUUUGACUUGAUCUCUACUUAUUAGAUUAAUUACGUCUUAAGCUACAUCUAAGCUCUAUCUAGUAUCUUGACUUACUUACAGUACAGGCCUCAUAUUUAUUGGAUAGGACAAUAAACAAUAAACAUGAAUGAGGUUGAUCGAGAGCUCAACCGGGCCGAGCUCGAUGCCAUGGCAUCACCUGGCUCACAAAACCACCCUCAGAGCCCCUUGAACCGUCGUGCUAGCAACGAAAUAGAGCGUGUCGUUUCAGCCUCAUCUGUCUCAACUGCUUCAUCCGCCGCUUCCGCGCGUCGUGGCACAGGAGCGGCGGCGACAGCACCGAGGUCGCGAGACGGAACCAGUCUCCGCAGCAUUGCUACCCAGCAGGACUUGGAGAGGCACCCUACUGUGCUCAGCCGCAUCCAAACCGCACGCAGUCAACAUGGUGCCACCGUUGGCCGGAGUCGAAGCGAUGCCGGCAGCACAGGCCGGAGGAGCUGGUUCAGGAGGAACACCUCCAAGGCCCUCCCUCCCUUUGGUGCCGGAAAGGAGUACCCGCCCCUCCUGCCCGACCGCGAGGAGUAUGUUGUCGAGUUUGACGGCCCAGACGAUCCCAUGCACGCACAAAACUGGCCCUUGCGCAAGAAGGCCGUGACUGCUGUCAUCUUGGGGUACACUACCAUGACAUCCUCUUUUGCCUCCUCCAUCUUUUCCGCUGCGACCAGGGCUCUUGCGACCGAGUUUGACGUCUCUACCGAAGUCGGCAUAUUGGGAGUAUCCUUUUUCGUCCUUGGUUUCGCCUUUGGCCCGACACUCUGGGCGCCCUUGUCCGAGCUCAAGGGGCGCCGCCUCCCGCUGUUGCUGUCCAUGUUUGGCUUCACCAUAUUCUCCAUCGCAACCGCCAGUGGUAAAGACAUCCAGACGAUCCUGAUCAGCAGAUUCUUUUCCGGCUUCUUUGGUGCCUGUCCGCUGGCCGUCGUCGCCGCCGUCUUCAGCGACAUGUUCGGUAACCGCACCCGAGGAAUAGCAAUUACCGUCUUCAGUAUGGCUGUUUUCAGCGGCCCCUUGCUGGCUCCCUUCAUCGGCGGCUUCAUCGUCGAAUCGCACCUCGGCUGGCGGUGGACCAUGUGGCUUACGUCCAUCAUGGGCGGAGUCGCUUUCAUCUUGGAUAUCUUGUUCCUCGAGGAGACAUACCCUCCCUCCAUUCUGGUGGCAAAGGCCUCGGAGCUCCGGAGACUGACACUGAACUGGGGCAUCCACGCUAAGCAGGAGGAGAUUGAGGUUGACUUUGUCGAGCUUGUCAACAAGAACUUCUCGAGACCCAUGCGAAUUCUAUUCACCGAGCCCAUCGUGCUGGCUCUUAGUAUAUACAUGGCUUUCAUUUACGGUCUUCUGUACCUCUUCCUCACAGCAUACCCACUCGUCUUCCAAGGAGUUUACCACUUCUCCAGCGGCAUCGCAGGUCUUGCUUUCUUCGGCAUGAUCAUCGGCCAGUUUUUUGCCGGUACAGUCGUGCUCUUGCAGCAGCCGUGGUUCAACCGCAAACUCGCAGCCAACAACGACGUCGCCAUCCCCGAGUGGCGACUGCCGUCCGUCAUCGCCGGGGCUUUCGCUUUCACGGGAGGCAUCUUGUGGUUCGGCUGGACGGGCUACAACAAGGAUAUCCACUGGAUCGUCCCCACCGCCUCCGGCAUCCUCACGGGCUUUGGCCUCAUGUCUAUCUUCCUCCAGGCCCUCAACUACCUCGUCGACGCCUACCUCAACUUUGCCGCGUCGGCCAUCGCUGGCAACACGUUCCUGCGCAGUCUGUUUGGUGCAACCUUCCCCCUCUUUGCCACCCAGAUGUUCAACGGCAUGGGCAUCAACUGGGCGAGUACCCUUCUCGGCUGCAUCGCCGGCGUUAUGAUCCCCAUCCCUAUCAUAUUUUACCUCUACGGACACAAGAUCCGCGCCCGCAGCAAGUUCGCCCCCACCGGUUCUCCCAUUGAGCUUCAGCAGCACGAGCAGGAAGAGGCGGCGCGCCAAUCUAGGGUGUCGUUGCCUUCUGGUGGUGCCGAGACCAAGGAUGCUGUCCCGAGCAAUGGCCUCAGCACACAGCCUCAUGUGAACGGCAGGGACCAAAGCCCUGUUUAAAGAUUCUUAAUGUCUGUAAUAAAUAUGUCGACAGGGGCUUCUGAUAUUUUUAUUGCCUCUGCCUCUUUGAGAUGCUAGAGUCGACACUGCACAAACCCUUAACCUUUCUUUAUUGUUUUUUUCUUUUUCUUUUUAUCUUUUUGUUGAAAUACCCAGUUCAAUGAUUACCGGCUUCUAGUACUUAUAUUGCAUACACGCUGUUGUUACCAAGCGCUCAUCCCAGCUUUUUUUGAUUUGGGAUGGGGAAUGUUUCUUACCAUAAUUUUUUCCAUGAUGGAUUUUGAGCCUUGUUUGCUACCUACUUGUAUAUGGCUGCAUUGCGGAGCGACAGGAAUGAUGGUUCCUGGAGAACGAAUCUAGAUUAUGCACUAGAGUAGAUAUAACUAGACGAG